UACUAAAGGACUUAAAAAAUGACAUUAUUAUUUCCCAGUUGCAGGCACUUGGACUUUGGGGGAAAUACCUAACCGGGGCUUGGAUGUCAGUCUUCUAUGCCAAAGAAUCAAAACGGAAUCAUUUUGACAUGGUUGAAUAUCAAAAGGUGGCGAUGAAAUUCAUUGCUAGAGUAAUUGCUGAGCCAGAAUACCUUUUGAUUGGAUGUGAGGAUGCCUUUGGACGCCCCUUAAUUGCGGAUGAAACUUUGUCAUCUCUGCUGAUUGUAGAUGACACCAACCUCGAAGCCUUUAGUACUGCCACUAAAGCCAUGGCCACAGCCACCCAAACUGUCCUCAGCCGUCAGCUUUCCCGCUACCUGGAGGGUGAUUUAGCUGCACCUACUGAGGCCAUGUUAGCUGCAGCAGCCAGUGCCCCCGUACACAACAUCUGGGCUGAGAGGGCCCUUGGUGUUGUUGAUUCAUUGUCGCGCAGGGCCCCAAAUUCAGAGAUAACUUUUUUAGAUGCAAAAACUAAAGUAAAGCUGAACAAAUCGUUGGACUGGCUGUCAUCCAAGCCUGCAGCAGUUCAACAACAAAUAAUCCAAUUUUGUAUUAAGAGGGGUGCAGUUUGUAGAAAGUUAGGAAAGGAUAGGAGGAUAGAGAAAGAAAGGGAGCUGCAGCGACGGCUGAUGGAAAAAAGCCAGAAAAGAGACAUGGGAAACCGAAACAAAAUUGCUAAAGCUAUUAAACAGCUAUUGAUCGAGAAGGAGCUUUUCACUGUUAUUAAUGACCCUGUAUUUGCCAAUGUUAGUAGUUUUCAAAGAAAAAAAUUGUCAAUUUUUUUGUCAGAUAGGGUAGAGGGGGCGAGGAUUGAGCAUAAGUGGAAUGUGAAUGGAGAGGAUGUUAUUUUUAGUGGUAGGUUUAUUUUAAAGUUAAAGAAAAAAUCAGCUGUAGAUUCAUUUAGAGUAGCUUAUUGGAAAGAAAAUGAAACAGAGGAUGAUGCUGAAGAUGUGUGCGUCUCGUUUGACAGUAUUUUAGCUGAUGUUGUUUUAGGUGACUUGUUAUUUUGCUAGUCUUGUAAUUACUAUGUAAUUAUAUUAUUUAUAUUAAAUUUAAUUUUUAUCAACAGUGUU